AUUCUUUUACCAAUACACCAACCAAAUUUAAUAAUCUACCACCAACCAAACAACUUAAUAACCACCUACACCAACAAACCGUCCUAAUAAUAACCAUCAACCGCCACAAUGACUAUCACCAUGUUCACCCCAAUCGAACUGCCGCCAACCUACUAUAUAUCCCUCCACAUGAACGUCCCUAUAUCCCCCCUAUACCCCUGGGGGAUGCCAUAUACCAGAUCCACAAGUUUCGCCCACACCACUACCAUCUACACCAACACAAACACCACCACCAUCGAACGCAAGGACAGUGGCAUCUGCAUCCCCUCAAAUACCACUUCCCGCAAACCAAGCACCAUCACCAUCAACCCAAAACCAACAACAACAACAUACGCUGCACCCUCCCGCUGGACGACCCUAACCUCCCCAGCCGAGCAGACCAAAGCUCUCGACUUCCUAACCAACAACUACCACACAAUCCAAACCCUCCAAGCAGCCAACUACACCAUCACCCCAGACACAACAAAGAACAACAUCCGCUUCCAACAAACCCCAAACACCAACAACCCUUCCGCCCGUCGUGCAGUCUCCUUAGACUGCGAAAUGGUAACCGACACUACGGGCCGUACCCAACUCUGCCAAGUGAGCAUGGUAGAUGUCCUCACGGGGGAACUCCUCCUCGAUCAGCCUGUGCUGCCAACCGAACCUGUCUCCGACUGGCGGACAAAAUGGAGCGGUAUGACCGCCGAACUCAUGGCGCAACACGUCGCCGCUGGAAGAACGGUGAACGGGUAUGAAGGGGCUAGAGCCCGUGUGUGGGAAUACAUCGACCAGAAGACGAUUCUGGUCGGUCAGAGUCUGAAUUUCGACUUGGAUGUGUUGGGGAUCGUGCAUGAGAGGAUUGUGGAUACGUAUCUUCUUAUGAGGGGGCAGAGGAGAGGGAGAAGUUGUCGCCUACGAGAUGUCGUGCGGGAUUGUUGUGGGGUCGAGAUUCAGAGGGGAGAAGAGGUGGAAGGGGGGCAUGAUUGUGCGGAGGACUGUUAUGCUGCCAGAGAGGUGGCGCUGUGGGCUGCUGAGCAUCUCGGUAGAGAUGAAGGUGGGGGUAGUACCCGAAGUUUUUGUGUUGAGAGUUUCAUGUAAUGGGUACUACUUCCCGAUGGAGGGUUGUGCUUCCUCGUGUGGAGCUAUAUUUAUACUUUCUCUGCUUCGCGACAGCAUCUAUCUCAAGAAGCAUGAGUCCAAUCGGUGACAAAUUACAACUGUCUUCUGCAUACUUUCCUGCGACAUGCUACUGUAUACCUCGUGAUGGUGAGUGGGCUACGUUCCAUGCCUGGACUCUAAGGGUGGAUACUUGUUAUACCACUCAUCUUAACUCAUCAAGGAUGGAAAAAAUACUAUAACACUGCUGUCUGUUCGUGGCUGGCUCACAGCACUUUGGGUUGUGAUUGGAGUAUGGGGUGAACUCAUGGCUCCUUUCUACUGAGAUCGCUCAGAUGGCGCAGAGCAUUAUGCUUUCUCUAUAUAACUGAUGAGUUGGCUAUAUUAAGAUACCCGAUUAUGUUUUGAAUCAAAUGAC